GCCCGAUCCCCGCCUUCUGCCAGGCCCAGCAGUCCCUCACUUACCUCAAUCUCGCCUCCAACGCCCUCUCCGGCCCGCCCACCCCACUCUCCUCCCCCUCCUGCUCCGCCUCCCUAGAGAUCCUCUACCUCUCUUCCAACCGCCUCUCCGGCCCCAUCCCCGCUACAAUCAGCUCCUUUACUCUCCUCAAGGGGCUACUCCUCGACAAGAACAUGCUUACAGGAGCAAUCCCAGUUGCAUUUUCCCUUCCACUUGGUCCCGUCGGCAUUAGCAGGUGGCCGCUGGAAGUGGAACCAGCCGUUUGUCCCUCGCCGUUAAUCACCUCAUGA